AUGUUGUCUGUCCUCCCAAUAUCUAAACAAACGAUUUUGGCUUUAGAGAUGACUCGAUUCGACAUCGUUUCGAGGCGUAAUCGAAUCGAUAUGGUUCUCAAUCUCAGUUCCAGCAGUUUGUUUCGUUUUCAGAAUUAUCCACAAGCUAUCGUCGACUUUAUACAAAGGGAGAAUCCUCCUUUCGAACAUAUGCUGAAAGUAUUACCAUUAUUUUAUUGCAAAAACACGCCAAAAAACAUGAAUUCAAUAUAA